UCCUGACAGAGAGUUGCUCGCCAGCACUCUGCACAGGGGCAUAUGCAUGGAGGAGGAGGAGGAGGAGGAGGAGGAGGAGGAGGAGGAGGAGGAGGAGGAGGAGGAGGAGGAGGAGGAGGAGGAGGAGGAGGAGGAGGAGGAGGAGGAGGAGGAGGAGGAGGAGGAGGAGGAGGAGGAGGAGGAGGAGGAGGAGGAGGAGGAGGAGGAGGAGGAGGAGGAGGAGGAGGAGGAGGAGAGGAGGGGGGGGGAGGAGGAGGGGGGGAAGGGGGGCCACGGUGAUGGGUAGAGGAAGGCAAGCGCGGCAUGAUG